GCCGCAGUUGAUUCUCUCUUGUAAUAACAGGCAUACUAAUAUCUUCACUUGUUUUCAGAGACAAUUAAGUGUAGCUGAAAUACGCCAUUGCCGAAUUCACCAAUUCGAUAAUCAGAAAAGUUCAAUCAUCUAUAACCUAUUGAUUUUGAUUAUUUGAUUAUAUUUCACAAUAUCUGAUUAUAUCUUCACGUCUGCAACUUCAAGGUAUAGAUCGUCAAUUUCAUUUACAUUUAUUUCGCUUUCCAGAUUGUACAGAUAACAUUCUCAUUUAUCAGGUUUCAAAUACAUUUAUCUUCAUACUAAAAUGUCUUCCAUUGAUCCAGAAACGCCAACAGUGGAUGAAACAUCUAGAAACGCCACUGAAGAUCCAACCAGCGCCAGCCCAGUAGUAGCAGAUGACGAAGUAGUCUUGCCCAAGGUGGAUGUCGAUAAGUUGAAGGCUGAGUUUCAAGACAAGGCUAGAACCUACUUGGUGGAACAAAGCAGCCAUGUGGUGAUACCUUCUUUCUCGAAGUGGUUUUCAUUGGAUUCCGUGCACAGUAUUGAAAAGAAGCUGUUUCCAGACUUUUUCACCGACUCGGCCGUCAAAUCCGUCUACAAAACCGAAGAAGUAUACACCAACAUUAGAGAUUUCAUGGUUAACGUCUACCGUUUGAAUCCCAGAGAGUACUUGACUGUUACAGCUGUGAGAAAGAACUUAGCCGGAGACGUUACAUCCAUUAUCAGAGUGCACCAAUUCUUGGAAAAGUGGGGAAUCAUCAACUACCAGAUUGAUCCUAGAACAAAGCCUUCUCUUGUAGGUCCCCAGUACACGGGCCAUUUCCAGAUUACCUUGGAUACUCCCUCGGGUUUAGUACCAUAUAUUCCUGAAAAUGCUGUAGUUGUAGGCAGUGAAAAGAAGACUGAGUCUGUGGCUGUAGCUGGGUCUAACGGUGUUUUGCCUUCUCCUACUCCUUCUUCUCCUGAAACUGACGCUAAGAAACCGCUUCCGUUCAAUUUGGAAGUUAGACGUAAUGUCUAUGCCUCUGGCUCCAAAAAGUCAUCAUAUAGACCAAACAAUACGGUGCAAUACUUCUGUAACAUUUGCGGUAAGGAUGCUACCGAGAUCAGAUACCACAAUCUCAAAAUCAAGACCUAUGUCCACAAUCCUAGUUCUACUAUAAAUAACGCCAGCAUCUUGUGUUCGAUCUGCUACAAUGAGGGAUUGUUCCCUCUGAACUUCCAAUCAUCCGACUUCGUCAAGUUGACUAAGAAUUCAGAGUUGGAAGAAUGGACAGAACAGGAAGUCUUACUUUUACUUGAAGGUAUCGAGAUGUUUGGUACAUACGAUGCACCAGCUAUCAAUGGCGGCAUCAACGCCAACAGUAAUGCACAAUGGGAGAAGAUAAGCGAGCAUGUGGGCUCUAAAACGAGAGAGCAAUGCUUGAUAAAAUUCAUACAAUUGCCUAUCGAAGACAAGUACUUGACGAAAUUGGUCUCAAAAGACAAGCCAGUCGACAAGAGUAGCACAGCCAAUAACGAGACGUUGGUUAGUGACAUAGUCAAGAAGCUCAUCCAGGAUGAAGCUGGCAAGGAGUUGUUGAAGAAGCUGUCUAGAGCUAGUCUUGAGGAGGCUGUUCUUGAAGAAACAAACUUGAUUAACCAGAUAAUAGAGUUGACUUUGGAAAAGUUCAACAGCAAGUUGGCCAAGAUCGAGGGUUUGCAAGAAGGUUUGCUCAAGGUGGAAAACCAGUUGAACUUGGAAAGAAAGCAGGUAUUGAUUGAGAGAUGGGUUCAGUUUGAAAAGAUUCAGAAAUUGAAGGCUGAAAAGCCAGAAUUGGCUGAAGUCUUGGAUGAUUUGAUUAAACCUGUAAGAGUCAACGAAAUCAACAAAUCUUUAAACCUCGUAAAACAUGUUGACAAUGCUGACAAGAUGGAAGUCGAUCAACAAGAGAUAAGUCAAGUUGACAGCGACAAGUUACCUAUUAGUGUUGCCAAACCUAAGAGCUACCAGUACUGGUCCGGUUGAUCUAAAAUGGUCAUGUAUUAUUGUCUGUAUAUUACUAAGUAGUUAAUGUAAACUUUUCCCUAUGGAGAUACCUCUAUCCAAUAGAUGUGAUAUCGCUUCAUUCUUCGACUAUUUGUAAAUCACUUCUUUCUUCCUCUGUGUUUGGAACGAGUUGGCUCUAACUUCAAGUUUUCGAUUUCCUGCUUGAAGUAAUCAUCUGGCACAGGCACCGAAGUCGGCGUCUCGAAGUUGAUCAAAUGCGAUUCUUGCUUACCUUCCACAGAAGCUGUAUUAACUAUCAAUGGUGAAGUGCUUUUAGGAGAACUAGGACUCUUUUCAACCUCAGGGAACUUCUCCGGUAACUGGCUAUUGAUAUCAGUGAUGGCAUGGCUAUGGUCAACUCUUGCGAAUUCCGGAUCGAUCAAAUGGCUGUCUAUAUUGAUGGCAGUUUUCAGAUCUCUCUUCCUACGAUCACUGCCUUCAAAGAGCAUAGUAGGAGAUCUAGCAUUCUUCAUAUUCAUUAACGAACUGGAUGUCACCACAGUUUGAACUGAGUUCUGCGUUGCCUUACUACUUGCACUAGGCAGCAUCGAAGACGACUGGAGACUUGGUGGCUGCUUCUUGAUGGAGGGAAGCUUGCUCUUUAGAGAAUAGUAUGAAUCAGUUGGAUUUGGACUCAAGCUUCUACCGUGUCUUGACAACUUUCUGCCUACACCAGGCAAGUCGAGCCUAAGAGCCGAAACUACGGCGCUGUUGGCUGCACUGAGGCUGCUGUAGCUGGUAUGGUUACUAGGAGCAAUAGCAGAUAGAUGUGGACGAUUCAACU